GAUCUGAUCCCAGAGCCCAUUCUGCAAAGGUGCAUCAAGGUGGCCGAUGAGGCGCCUAGCGACCUAAAGUCCAACCUCCGCCGAGCCUAUUCCAAGUUCACCCAGGAGAACAUCGACGCCUGCAUGAAGCCAAGGGAGUUCAAGGCCACGCUCUUUGCCCUCUGCUUCUUCCAUUCGCUGAUCUCAGGACGCAUUAAAUUCGGCGCCCAGGGUUGGUCCAAGAAGUACCCGUUCAACGACGGAGACUUGACGAUCUGUGGGACGGUGUUGAAGAAUUACCUCAACAACGCGGAGAAUUUGGGAACUGAGGUCCCAUGGCCUGACCUUCGAUACAUCUUCGGCGAGAUCAUGUACGGAGGCCACAUCACCGAUCCUUGGGACCGACGCGUAAACAACACGUACCUGGCCGUGUUGGUGACGCCAGAGCUGCUAGUCGGUGGGUCAUUGGCUCCAGGAUUCAAGUCGCCUGAUGCCACCAAGCUGGAGUACUCGCACUACGUCAAGUACAUCGAGGAGCGCUUCCCGCCGGAGGUGCCCCAGAUGUUCGGCCUGCACCCGAACGCUGAGAUUGGUUUCCUGACGAAUCAGGGCAUCAGCAUCUUCAAGACCAUCUCAGAGAUUACUGGCGGUGGUGGUGGCGGAGGAUCUGGAGAUAUCUCCUUGGCACAGCCGAUCAUCACAAACUACCUGACCAAGCUGCCUACCAACUUGGACAUGAUUGACAUCCGAGGGCGCUUGAAGGAGGAGGACUACACUCCCUUCGUCAUGGUGUCACUUCAGGAGGCAGACCGCGUCAACGGCUUGCUGGAUCAGAUCCGUGGCUCCAUGCUCGAGCUGGAAUUGGGCAUCAGUGGCGCUCUCAACGUCACCGAGAAGAUGGAGGCCUUGAGCGCAGACCUCCAGGCGAACAAGGUGAAUGCUGUCUGGGCCGAGAAGGCAUACCCAUCGCUGAAAGCACUCAGUGCAUGGUUUGAGGACUUCGUGCAGCGUCACGAGCAGGUUGUCGACUGGACCGCGCAGCUGAAGCUUCUGAAGUCCGUGUGGAUCAGUGGCCUGUUCAACUCCAUGUCCUUCCUGACUUCCAACAUGCAG